GCCCGAGCAGAGCUUUAUACCUGCUGAUCUGAGCUCAUUUCCACAAACAGGAGUUGCAGUACUUGGCCUCUGCAGUCUCCAUCAAGCACCGCACACCAAGCUUCUACAAGACCCUGUAUUAAGAAGGUCCCAGAAACACAAACCUAUUCAGGUUCCAACAGGGAGUCAGUGUAAACACCGGCGAGCACACCAUGAAUACCAGCUCACUGAGGAGCACAGUUGGCUCAGUUACACGGUGCCACAGCAGGACCUUAAUCACAGGCCUCACUUUUCCCUUGACAUAAAGACCAAGUCGUCCAAAGGGCUUAUCCUCCAUGUGGCAGGGAGAGGAGUCGUCCCCUUGCUGGCUCUGUACAUGGCAAAUGGCAAGAUCAAGAUGUCUCUCGGGCAAAACAGAAUCAUCCUGCACAAGCAGCAGAGCAACGACGGGAACUGGCACAGA